AUGGAAGACAAGCCAUACAGUGUUGACAGUUCAGACGAUAUCAACAUAGACGAGGAAGAGGAAGAGCACAUCGAAGAGAAUCACAGCUACCCGCCGGACUUCCCGAUCGAGGCGCUGGUGAAGUUGGAGCGGCCGUCGCCGCCGCUGCCGACGCCGCCGCACACGCCCACCGACGACACGCCCCCCGCCGUCGUCAUCUCGCACCACCAGUCCGCCUGGGCGCCCCAAGCGUACCCGACGUACCCCAGGCCGGCAAUGCAGACCCCCUACGCGUACGACAAGGCGCCCGCGCCGGGCUACCCGCACCCGAUGACGGCGUACAUGCAAGCGCAGGUGGCGACGCUGCCACCGUCCGCCCCGUACCACGCGAUGCUGGUCAACCAGUGGAUACGCAACGCCGCGUUGUACCACCACUCGCUGAGGUACCCCGCCGCGAUGGCGCACAGGAUGCCCGUGAGGAAUCCGCCCCCGAUGCGCGCGCCCGGCGUGCCCGGCGCUCGACCGAAGAAGCAGUUCAUCUGCAAGUACUGCAACCGCCAGUUCACGAAGUCGUACAAUCUGCUGAUCCACGAGAGGACGCAUACGGACGAGAGGCCCUACUCCUGCGACAUAUGCGGGAAGGCCUUCAGAAGACAAGACCACCUUAGAGAUCAUAGGUAUAUCCAUUCGAAGGAAAAGCCCUUUAAGUGUACAGAAUGCGGCAAAGGCUUCUGCCAAUCGCGUACGUUGGCCGUGCAUAAAAUUUUGCACAUGGAGGAGUCGCCGCACAAGUGUCCGGUAUGCAGCAAAAGCUUCAACCAAAGGUCCAAUUUGAAGACGCACUUGCUCACACACAGUGAAGCGAACAAGCACCAUCUGGAACACCUCGAGGGGUGCCAGGAGGUCUCUUCGACGAGUCAGGUCUCCGAGAGCCCUCUUCUGGACCUCUCACACAAGCCCUCGCCUCCGCCGUCCCAAAAUUACCAGCAGCAGCCGGCGCAAGCCCACCCACAACAGUCACCCGUGGAGGCCCCAAAAAGGCAGCUAGGCUUCUCAAUAGAGGACAUAAUGAAGCGA